AUGGCGGCGCGGAGCUGGAAUCACGGGCUGCGGGGCAUCCUCCGCGCCAGCCUGGUUUCGUGCCGCCCGCGCGGCCUCGCCUUCUCAGACCGGCCCUGGGGGGAGCUCGGCGGCUGCUGGCGAGGGCUGCGGCGGCGGCUGCUGGGCCCGUGCGAGCCGCCCUUCCAGCGCGUCUGCCUGGUGGGCGAUCCGGCGCUGCGCGGCGUGGCGGCGCGGGUGGAGCCGGAGCGGGUGGGCAGCGCAGAGGUGCAGCGGCUGAUCGCGCGGCUGGUGGCGGUGAUGCGGCGGGAGGGAUGCGUGGGGCUGAGCGCCCCCCAGCUGGGCGUCCCGCUGCAGGUCUUCGUGGCCGAGUUCCGCGGCCCGCCGCUGUCCGCCCUGGAGGUCGUCCCCUUCCCGCUGCGUGUCUUCGUCAACCCGGCCGUGCGGGUGCUGGACAGCCGGCCCAGCUACUUCACUGAGGGCUGCGCUAGCCUGCCCGGCUUCUCGGCCGUGGUCGCCCGGCACAUGGGCGUGGAGGUCUCAGGACUAAACGAGGCUGGAGAGGAGACCACGUGGCAAGCCAGAGGCUUCGCAGCACGCAUCAUUCAGCACGAGAUGGAUCACAUAAAGGGGAUCCUCUACAUCGACAAGAUGGAGAGCAGGAGUUUCACCUGCUUACAUUGGGCCAAGGUCAACCGAUGAGUGCAUCCUUUUAAGCCAGGGAGGUAGCUGCUUCACUAGUGGGGUGCCCACCUGCUAAAAGCAGCAACCUAGCUUUUGCUGCCUUGAAGGACUUGAACUUGCUGUGAAUGUUAACUAGUUAUUUCUGUGUAAACUCAAGUUAAAAAAUAAGUAUGUUGUAAGCCUU